GAAAAGCAAAAAAAACACAAAAAAAAAAAAAUAAAAAAAAUCCCCCCUCUUUUCGAUUCGCCAAUGACCUCUAGUCCGAACAGCGAAGACGUGGUAACCCAAAUUACUGGAAAUUUUGGAAAAUGGCAACUCAAAACCUUGAUUUUCAUCUGCCUGUGCAAAAUUCCAGCCACCUGGUUUAUGGCCUGCAUUAGCUUUACAGCACCCGUGCCACAGACGGCGGAGUUUCUCUGUAUUCCACCGGAGAGAGAUGUGGAUCAUCACACACUGCAUCCGGCUGAGUUAUGGCUAAAAAAUCAAACAUCGGUUGGGGGAGAAAUGUUGGAGAAAACAGACCGUGAAUUUUUCAUUGAUCAAUGUUACACCUAUCGUCUGACGAAUGGCACAAAUCGAACGGAAUAUGAAUGGAAAAUUACGGCACGAAAUAGAAGCGGUCUGUUUGGUAAUUCAGAGAUGGAAUUAGACGAAGUACCAUGUGAACAUUUUGAACAUCGAGCGGAAUAUAAGUCAGUGGUGACACAAUUCGAUUUGGUGUGUUCGCGUGAAAUGUUGGUCUCGUUGACGCAGGCUUUUCAUGCCCUCGGUGGGCUCAUUGGCGGUCUGAUGGCAAUGAAUAUUUUGAAAUUUGUUAGCCCGAAGCGCCUGAUGAUGUACGGCAUUAUUGGUCAAAUCAUUUGUGGAAAUCUAACUGGAUUAGUGUCCACCUUCAUACUCCAUGUUUAUAAUCGAUGUUUAACAGCGGCAUUUUGUUCCUUUAUGACGGUCUCCGGUCAGGUUAUAGUUACCGACAUCACAUCGGGUAAACAACGCACCAUCAUACUUGUAUUAUCCGAACUUUUUGCAUCGAUUGCCCUCAUCCUGCUGCCAGGAGUUUCUAUGUACUGUGAUAGCUGGACCUAUCUCUACAUAGCCAUAUCUUCAUCGCUUCUUCUAUUCAUAAUACCACACAGAUUCAUAACCGACAGUCCACGAUGGCAUCUCAAAAAGGGAAAUAUGAAUGAAACCCUUCGAAUUUUAUCUGAAGCAGCCACCAUCAACUGUCGAGAAAUUCCCAACGAUGUUUUGUCACGUUUGGAGCAAAAAUCUUGGCAAAUGCGAAAUAGUCGCUCACCCUCAUAUUGGACCAUCUGGGAUGGUAAAACGCCGAGACGCUUUAUCGUCAUGCUCCACUGGAACUGGUCGGUAUCGGUGGUUGUCUAUACUGUGAUGAUUUUGAUGAUACGCCUGUUGGGUGUUAAAUAUAUGCACGUGAAUACAUUUUGUUUGGGCUUUGCUGAAAUGCUGGGCAUUGCAAUGGGCCUCUACAUUAUCCUCUACACCAGAAGACACUGGCUGCAUUCUGGAUUUCUCUUGAUUUUUGCUGGCUUUACUACUUACUUUAUAUGGCUCUCCCCGGAUGGAGUCAAAGAGUCUCGCAAAGCUGGCUAUGAACUGUGUUUUUGGCUCAUCCUGAAAAUGCUGAACUCCGCAGUGUUGGUCGUCUUAUCCACUCGUACCGCUGAAAUGGUUUCGGUCGAAAAACGACCAAUGCUUAUGCUAUCCACCGGAUGCUUCAGUAAGUUCUGGUUAACCGUGGUACCAUUUUCAUUGGUUGUGGGAAAAAUCCACUAUCUCCUGCCGAUGACAAUGUUUGCAACCGCCGCCAUUAGUAGUGGCUUGAUGCUGUGUUACUUCAAUCGCUAUUAUCAAAAUUCGGAGGUUAAGAAGGGUUCAGUUCCUGCACAGAAUGGUGGAUAUCGCAAGCGAUCUUCAUUGUUAUUUGAAGACAAUUAAAGUAUUUCAUUAAAUUUUAGAGAAUUUUUAAAUAUUUA